GGCACUGCAUUCUGGGUAAGCCGUGUCUUGAAAAUUUGAAGAGCGCAUGCGUGGGGUCGCUCCUUCCUUUUGCCUCGUUGCAUCCGAGAGAGCAAGAUGGGUCACCAGCAGCUCUACUGGAGCCAUCCGAGGAAAUUUGGCCAGGGUUCUCGUUCUUGCCGCGUCUGCUCAAACCGGCACGGUCUGAUCCGGAAAUACGGCCUCAAUAUGUGCCGCCAGUGUUUCCGUCAGUAUGCGAAGGAUAUAGGCUUCAUUAAGUUGGAUUAAGUGAACUUCCUUGAAUGGGUCAUCCAAGAUACUCUACCUGCAGAUAACCAAGAUACCUACCUUAAUGCCAGCUCAUUGUACAUAAAAUAAAAAUCCUCAAAUUAUGAGUGCUUUAAA